CUUACUCUUUGCUUUAUAACAAUAAUAAUAAUACACAUAAAAUUGGAUUUAAUUAAAUAGAUGUGGACCUUUUUUUCUAAAUAAUAUAAAAGAAGGAAGAAAAUAAAAUAAAUAAAGAAAAAGAGAGAGUGAAGAAAAGUGGGUUUAACAAUAAUUUGCUGCAAAGUUAGAAGAGGCUUCAGCUUUAUUAACUUCUUGUUUGCUUUCAUUCUCUUUCUCUCUAUCUAUCAUCAUCAUCCUCGUAAUCCUCUCCUUUCUCCUUCAGACCCCUCCUAGUUGCUGUUUAAACAAACAAAAAAAGACUGCUUCUCUUUCUUAUUUCUCUCAUCAUCAUCAUCAAUGGUUUUAUGAGAUUUAUAUCAAAAAACAUUGAGGAGCUAGAGAGAAAGAGAGAGUGUGUGUGUAGAAAAAGAUUGAAACAUCAUCAAGAUUGAUGGAGCAAGGAGGAGGUGGUGGUGGUAAUGAAGUUGUGGAGGAAGCUUCACCUAUUAGUUCAAGACCUCCUGCUAACAACUUAGAAGAGCUUAUGAGAUUCUCAGCCGCCGCGGAUGACGGUGGAUUAGGAGGUGGAGGUGGAGGAGGAGGAGGAGGAAGUGCUUCUUCUUCAUCGGGAAAUCGAUGGCCGAGAGAAGAAACUUUAGCUCUUCUUCGGAUCCGAUCCGAUAUGGAUUCUACUUUUCGUGAUGCUACUCUCAAAGCUCCUCUUUGGGAACAUGUUUCCAGGAAGCUAUUGGAGUUAGGUUACAAACGAAGUUCAAAGAAAUGCAAAGAGAAAUUCGAAAACGUUCAGAAAUAUUACAAACGUACUAAAGAAACUCGCGGUGGUCGUCAUGAUGGUAAAGCUUACAAGUUCUUCUCUCAGCUUGAAGCUCUCAACACUACUCCUCCUUCAUCUUCCCUCGACGUUACUCCUCUCUCCGUCGCUAAUCCCAUUCUCAUGCCUUCUUCUUCUUCUUCUCCAUUUCCCGUAUUCUCUCAACCGCAACCGCAAACGCAAACGCAACCGCCUCAAACGCAUAAUGUCUCUUUUACUCCUACUCCACCACCUCUUCCACUUCCUUCAAUGGGUCCGAUAUUUACCGGUGUUACUUUCUCGUCUCAUAGCUCAUCGACGGCUUCAGGAAUGGGGUCUGAUGAUGAUGACGACGAUAUGGACGUUGAUCAGGCUAACAUUGCGGGUUCUAGUAGCCGAAAACGCAAACGUGGAAACCGCGGUGGAGGCGGUAAAAUGAUGGAAUUGUUUGAAGGUUUGGUGAGACAAGUAAUGCAAAAGCAAGCGGCUAUGCAAAGGAGUUUCUUGGAAGCUCUUGAGAAGAGAGAGCAAGAACGUCUUGAUCGUGAAGAAGCUUGGAAACGUCAAGAAAUGGCUCGGUUAGCUCGAGAACACGAGGUCAUGUCUCAAGAACGAGCCGCCUCUGCUUCUCGUGACGCCGCAAUCAUUUCAUUGAUUCAGAAAAUUACUGGCCAUACCAUUCAGUUACCUCCUUCUUUGUCAUCUCAACCGCCUCCACCGUAUCAACCGCCACCCGCGGUCACUAAACGUGUGGCGGAACCACCAUUAUCAACAGCUCAAUCUCAAUCACAACAACCAAUAAUGGCGAUUCCACAACAACAAAUUCUUCCUCCUCCUCCUCCUUCUCAUCCUCACGCUCAUCAACCAGAACAGAAACAACAACAACAACCACAACAAGAGAUGGUCAUGAGCUCGGAACAAUCAUCAUUACCAUCAUCAUCAAGAUGGCCAAAGGCAGAGAUUCUAGCGCUUAUAAACCUGAGAAGUGGAAUGGAACCAAGGUACCAAGAUAAUGUACCUAAAGGACUUCUAUGGGAAGAGAUCUCAACUUCAAUGAAGAGAAUGGGAUACAACAGAAACGCUAAGAGAUGUAAAGAGAAAUGGGAAAACAUAAACAAAUACUACAAGAAAGUUAAAGAAAGCAACAAGAAACGUCCUCAAGAUGCUAAGACUUGUCCUUACUUUCACCGCCUCGAUCUUCUUUACCGCAACAAAGUACUCGGUAGUGGCGGUGGUUCUAGCACUUCUGGUCUACCUCAAGACCAAAAACAGAGUCCGGUCACUGCGAUGAAACCGCCACAAGAAGGACUUGUUAAUGUUCAACAAACUCAUGGGUCAGCUUCAACUGAGGAAGAAGAGCCUAUAGAGGAAAGUCCACAAGGAACAGAAAAGGUACAAACUUUGCUUUUCCUUGUCAAAAUGUGAUUGGUUUAAUGUUCUUUGAUAACUGAAAUAUGAUUUGUUGGAAUUGAAGCCAGAAGACCUUGUGAUGAGAGAGCUGAUUCAACAACAACAGCAACUACAACAACAAGAAUCAAUGAUAGGUGAGUAUGAAAAGAUUGAAGAGUCUCACAAUUAUAAUAACAUGGAGGAAGAGGAAGAUCAGGAAAUGGAUGAGGAAGAACUAGACGAGGAUGAGAAGUCCGCGGCUUUCGAGAUUGCGUUUCAAAGCCCUGCAAACAGAGGAGGCAAUGGCCAUACGGAACCACCUUUCUUGACAAUGGUUCAGUAAAAUCAGAAUCAUUGUUUCAAGAAAAUGUACUUAUGUGUGCAUAGUUUUCUAAACAAAACACCCAAAAACACAAAACACAAACACACACACACACACAUCUGACACCACAAACUGAAAUAUCAAGGUCUCAUCGAUCUUCGAUUUUUCAGUGAAUACAAUUCUUUUUCACAUUCUUUCCCUUUUGUUCUUUUCUUUCUCACUGUCUCUUGUUUGUUUCUUCUUGUUCAUUGUUUUCUUCUUCCAACCCCCACAUGAACAAAAAACUCUAGCUAAAAGGUCUUUUAGAUUAUUUUGGAGUUGUAAUUUCAUCAGCAAGUCUCACACUUUUUUUUUUUCUCUUAAAACAUUUGUUGAUUGGUUAAUUGGGGAAUAAAGAGUCUUUAUUUUAUUUUUUCUUCCUUUAAGGUAAGAAUUAGAAUCAUUUAGUUUAUCAGACAAAGAUAAAC